UAAGGACUGCAAUGGAGAAGGGGAAGUUGUUUCUUUUCAACAAUCAACUUCAGCAACAAACACUAUCGUCAGCUCUUCAAGCAACUAAAUCAAUUUUCAUCAUAUCAAGAUGUCUAAGCUCAUUACCGUUUUUGGCGCUACUGGCAACCAAGGUGGCUCUGUCAUCAAGCACAUCCUCGCCGACCCCCAACUCUCCUCUAAAUUCAAGGUCAGAGGUAUCACUCGUGAUGUCAACAAGCCCGCUGCCAAAGCUCUCGCAGAGCAAGGAGUCGAGCUGGUCACUGCGGACCUCAACGACAAGUCCUCAGUCGCCAAAGCAAUCAAAGGCUCCCACACAGUCUUCCUCGUGACAAACUACUGGGAAACCGCCAACCCAGACACCGAACGCACCCAAGGCAUCAACGUCGCCUCGGCCGCCAAAGACGAACGAAUCUCCCACCUCAUCUUCUCCUCCCUCAUCAACGUCACCGAAACAACCAAUGGAAAACUCCCCCACGUCCCUCACUUCGACUGCAAAGCCGAUGUCGAAAAGUACAUCCGCGGUACGGGAGUCCCUUGCACUUUCAUCCUUCCAGGCUACUUCAUGUCCAAUUUCAGCCAAAUGUUCAACAGAGGCGAAGAUGGCGUUUACAAUUUCGCCCUCCCCAUCAGCGAGAAUGCGAAAUUCCCUCUCUUCGAUGUCGCGGAAGAUACUGGAAAAUUCACCAAUGCCAUUCUCAAGAACGCUGAAAAGUUGAAUGGUAAACGAGUGUUGGCUGCCACUGCUUACUACACUCCCAGGCAAAUUGUUGCGGACUUUGAACAAGCUAGUGGCAAUAAGAUGAGGUAUAUUCAGAUUUCUGGAGAGCAGUUCAAAUCGUAUUUGCCCGAGUUUAUGGCCGAGGAGAUGUUGGAGAAUCAUGUUUUGCUUGAUACUGAAGGGUAUUAUGGUGGUGAGGGUUUGGAGGAGAGUUUGGAAUUGUUGGAGAGUAAGCCUGUUACUUGGAAGCAAUUUGUAGAGAAGAGUGGUGUUUGGUAAAGAGUCUGAGGUGUUACACUUCUUCGGUCUGUCUUUUCUGAGGGAAUUAUCUAGGUAAUGAGCAAAAAAUAAUAAUCAAG